AUGCCUGUCACUUUGGCUACUGCCAAGCAUCCCCCGCGAGCAUGGCCAGAAUCUGCAGCGUCGUCGGCAGAAGAACUGUUCCAACACUCAUGCUCGGACGAAUAUAGUCAAAGCCAAGGUGUGAUACAGAGCUCGUUGUCAGACAGUUUUCUCGAGACGUCCCAUGUAUCGUCCUCGAAGCAUGGCUUUGUCUGGGCGGUAGUCCAUGCCUACAACCGUCAUCUCAAUUUGACCAUCCGGCCUGAGGAUGUGUGGUUCUCGAUUCUGACAGAGCUGAAUUUCUAUAUCAACGCAAAUGCAGAGGACCUGCGAUCUUUUUUCGUUGCCCACGAGGGACAAAAGGAGCUGGAAACCUUUGAAGGUGGGACUAUCGAAACGGCCGACUUCGGUAAAAUCGCCCUGAAAUUCACCAAGCUCAUUGAAGAGAACGUCGUGGACAGAGAACUACGCGACUGGAUCAUGCCGGACUUCAGCACUACAACUGAAUCCGACAGCGUGGUCGCAGCUGUCUUGAUGAUGGGUGCUUUACAGGAAUAUUUCUCAUACAAAGCUACGUUUCUCUGUGGCAUCCCGUCCGUUACUUUGCUGGGCGAACGAGCAGACUGGGAGCGCAUGAUAACGAGGCUGGACAAGUUGCAGCAGCUAGGGGACGAACCCGCACGAUUUGCUCAGCUUCUACGCCCGAUCCUGAAUUACUUUGUGCUGUCCUUCGAUAGUCCCGAGUCGCCCGACGUGCUGGACUUCUGGGGAAGAUGCGCUGAGCGUCACGGUGGCAGCGGAAUUGACCAGCUGACUGGUUGGGUAUCGGCCUUCAUUUUCUGGAAUAAGCAGGGCAAUCUUCUUUAUAGAGAACAGAUUCAUCCGGUCUCUUCGCCUGAGUUUGUGGCUCGAAACACGGACCUGGGGCUCCAUGAUGUACUGGCGCGCCGCGUGGACACCGAUAGAAUUCCACCCGGAUUUGCCUCCGUGCCAAUUACUAUCGAUGAUAAUGGAAAUAUCAUCGAUGCUGCUAUGGUGGCAGGGCUAGUUGGCAUUCAAGCAAGAUCCAGUGGAGCAAUUUUGGAGACUGGGGAAACGGGGCUUGACAACAUACAGCCCGUGUCAGGAUGGUGGAUUUAUGAAAAGAAAGGUGAAAAUGGCAAUUAG